AUGAGCAUCAACUAAAAGAAAAAAAUUUUUGAGGAUACUACUUAAAAUCCAUAUUUAAAUUAAAUUGAAUCUGUCUAAGUUCCAAGAAUAUUUGAGUAAUCAACUAUUUAAAAAAAUCUUCAAUUAAAUAGUUAAUUAAGAAAUUCAAAUUAAUUAGAUAAGUCUAAAUAAGUAUUAAAUGAACUUCAGAUUUUUACCCCAAAUGAUUUAGACUAAUUUCUAAUAUUAUUUAGAUAACCAUAAUAAAUCAACUUGAAAUUAGAAAAUAGUUAAUUAAAUUAAUCUGUUUAAUAAUAAUAAUUUUAUGAAUAAUUAGAGAUUGAAGGAGAGAAAUUAAGACUAAAGUUAAAGUUAGAUGCUCGUAUUGUCUAAUCAAUUAUUGAGAAACACGCAAAGAUGAAAUCUAAUAAACAAAGAUGUAUUGAAUAAAUGAAUCAUUUAAUAAAUGAAAUUAAGUAAUCUAAUAAUGUAUCAAAAUAUUCUGAAUUAAGUAGAUCAAUAAAGUAUAAUUUCAAUUAACUUGAAUCAAUUUAAUUGGAAUUAAGAGACAUUUUGAUGGAAGUAUCAACAUUUGGAAGAGUAAUGUCAGUUUCUGUUUAAUAAUAAUAGUAAAAUCAUUAAUCUAAUUAUGAAAAUUCAGUUGAAAAAUCUAUUAUAAAUUCAUCUAAAGAUACUUCUGAAGCAGAAUUUACAUCAUUAUCAUUAUAGAUAUAUUCAUCUAUUGAAAUGCAUGCAAAAGAAUUUGAAUAAAUUAUUUCAGAAAAAAAAAGAUUAAUGCACAUAAGCUAGAAUUAUCAUUAAUAUAAAUAAGUUUGCUAAGGUUUGAUUUAACUUAUCUAAAAAUAUCCUUAAUUCGAAUAAUAAAAAUCUUAGCAAAUGCUCAUAUUAGAAAGUAGAGCAUCAAUUUAUUUUUUUCAUUUUUAAAAAGAAACAAGUUAAUAGAUUGUGAAUUAUGCUUAAAUUAUUGAAUAAAUUCGAUUAUCUUUAUCUAUUAUCGAUAAAAUGAAAUAUUUAUUGGAUUAAGCAAAGAGUUUGGAUUGUGUCACUGAAUUUUAUUUAUAUGUCGAAAGUUAAUUAACAGGUUAGUAAUUUAUUAUUAAAGUUGGAAAUAAUUUAAAAUUAGUUAAAGCUUACUACAUAUAAUUUAAGUCUCUUAACAUCAAUAAUUAUGAAUUUUUUCACGUCAUAAGACAUAAGGUUUAUAAUAAAUGUUUGCUAGAGUUUGAAAAAAUAUAAUUUGAUAUUAAAACAGCCUAGACUUUAUAAUCCAUCUUAUUAAACCAUGUUAAGAAAUUUUAAAAAUAUAUUACAAUGAACUAUAUUAAAUUACUCAAUAAUAUAUUAACUAAGUUAAAAUAAGAUUUAUAACAAGAAUCUUGGCUUUAUUUAAUAAACUUAUAUAAAGAACUUAACCAAUAGUAGAAAAGUUUAUUAAAUAUUAUGCAUUUUACAUAGAAUAUUAAGCACGUAAACCAAUCUUUAAAUAGAUUUAAGUAAGUAUUUCACAAUCUUAUAGAAUAAGAAUUGGAAUAAAUUAAAAAUUUGUAACCAUAAUUAUCCUAUAUUUAGAGAUAAGAGAUUUUAAAGCUUAAAAAGAAUUUGAAAAUUUUUAUUCUCUAUUUAAAAAAUGUUAUAAUGAAAUUUAUCCAAAAUAAUAGUGUAUACUAAAUGAUGUUAACUCAUUCUUGGAAAAUUCGAUGAAUAUAGAAUAUAAAGAAGAAUAAAAUUAAAGUUUACGAGCAUUAAAAUCUCUUAAACCUAACAUAAGAUAAUUAAACAAUUUGUAAGGAUUUUAUUUAAGUGAAAAAUUAAUAUGA